AUGGGCCUAUCCAGCGCGAAUGGAUCCCUCGAGCAGAAGCAAAACCUAGGGCAGGUGAUCAACUCCAUCGACAAAACCCUAGGCCUCCUCCAUCAGCUCUACCUCACCGUCUCCUCCUUCAACUUCGCCUCCCAGCUCCCUCUCCCCCAGCGCCUGAAUGCGCUGGUGGCGGAGCUCGAUACGAUGCAGAGGCUGUCAGAGGGCUGCAACAUCCAGGUCCCGAUGGAGGUGCUCAAUUUAAUUGAUGACGGGAAGAACCCCGACGAGUUUACCAAGGAUGUGCUGAAUAGCUGCAUUGCUAAGAACCAGAUUACUAAAGGAAAGACUGAUGCUUUUAAGAGCUUGCGGAAACACCUUUUGGAGGAGCUAGAACAGACAUUUCCUGAUGAAGUGGAGGCUUAUAGAGAAAUAAGAGCAAGUUCUGCAGCUGAAUCGAAACAACUAGCUCAGGCGCAAAGUGGUUUACCCAAUGGGGAUGUGAAAGUAAAGCCAGAGCAUUGACAAAGGAGUUAGUUAUUUCCUCCCUUUUCCUUAAUGUCUAAAAUACAUAUUUGUGCAAAUUAAGGAUUUUAUUAUUUGUUUGUUAUCUUCACAGGAGGCCCUUAGUGAUAUACUUUGCUUUAGAAUGUAACAUUCUCUUUUAUGUAAUUAUUAUCCUUAGUUCAUUUCCACGGAAUAUUCUUGAUGACAGAAAAUAUAAUUCUAUUAAAGUACUUUAUGUACAUGUAUGCACUUUCUCAAGUAGUUUAAAAUUUGAUUUCUACCA